UGAAAAAUAUGAAAGACAAGUGUAGAACAAGUGUUUUAGCCAUUGGUCCAACAGACCAUCCGAAAAAGGGUCGCGUAAAACCCUAACCACAUACUCUUCUUCUACUCAUCACGAAAUGGCGACACGAACGGACACUGCACCUGUCUUCGAUCUCAAUGACUUCCCCAGAGACAUAGACCAAGAAGAUAGCGACUGUUACAUCUUCUCCGCCCCUCUCUCCUCCCGCGGCUCCACAAAACGCGAAGCCAUCUCCGUCGAGAGUUACGACCGUGAUCGCAGCCUCAGAAUCAAAUCCGAACCGCCAAUCUUCAUAGAUCUCGAUCAAUACAACGGCGGAGAAGAUGACGACGACGACGAUCUCAGAAUCCUCCGUUUCCCUCCACCAGCUCGCAAAUUUCUAGAGACAGGCCAGUCCUCGAACAGCAAGAAGCCCCGGAGAAGGCCCGUGGCCUUCUUCGACUGCGAGAUUUGCGUCGAAUCAAAACCAACGGUCGAGUCGUUUCAAAUCAGCGGGUGCCCUCACUCCUACUGCAGCGAUUGCGUCUCCAGAUACAUCGCCGCUAAAUUACAAGACAACCUGCUCUCCAUCGGCUGCCCUGUCUCCGGCUGUACGGGGCGGCUCGAGCCGGAUCAGUGCCGUCCCAUCCUGCCGCGGGAGGUUUUCGAUCGGUGGGGAGACGCUCUCUGCGAGGCCGUGGUGAUGCGUUCCAAGAGGUUCUACUGUCCGUACAAGGACUGCUCUGCUCUGGUUUUCUUGGACGAGGGCCAAGACGGCGGCGAUAUGAAGGAAUCCGAGUGUCCUCAUUGUAAUAGACUGGUGUGUGCGGCGUGCGGGACGCAGUGGCAUCCCGAGAUAACCUGCGAGGAGUUUCAGAAGCUGGCUGAUAACGAAAGAGGAAGAGAUGACAUUUUACUGAAGAAAAUGGCGGAGUCUCACAAAUGGGCGAGAUGCCCUUCUUGCAAAUUCUACAUUGAGAAGUCUCAAGGUUGCUUAUACAUGAAGUGCAGGUGUGGGUUGGCUUUUUGCUACAACUGUGGAACACCAUCUAGGGACCAUACUCAUUAUUGUUAUAGUUGCAAGCGUUGACGCUUUAGAUUUUUAUUAUGUAAUAUUUUAUGAUUUAUGGAUUUGGAUUUCUGUUUAGCAUUACAACUCUCUUUGGAUCAUCCUUAUUUAUAUGGAAUUAUCUUAA